CUUUGCUGCAUACAGAACAAUGUCUCUAAUGGGGGAGGAGGGUCGGGGCUACGAACUGGCCAGAAAGCUCGAGGCCUGCGGGGUGUGGCGCUCGUGGCUGGGCGACUCCAAAUACGCCGGUUUCUCCGAUUUCCUCAACUCGCCUUCCUCAUGGAAAGCCUUCAUGCGGACCGACGAGUCCAAUUCUAGGGCUCAUAUCCAUCUCCAACUCCGGGUUCGAGCGCUCCUCUUCGACAAGGCCAGCAUCUCUCUCGUCUUCUUCGUCUCUAGCGUCUUCUUCUAUUGCAGUUUCAAAGCUCAAUCCGAGUUAUUUGAGAUUGCGCGGUGAUGACGUUUACUUCACGUUGGAGAACCCUGCACAAGACUGGGUACAACAGCGGGAAGGUGGUGUUUUGUCCAAUAUGGCGUCUUCCAAGGUUCGAUACCUCAAUUUCAUCCUCUUUUAUCU